AAAGGCGGGACCGCUGUGACCCCGCCCCCUUUCCCAGCUGUUAUCAAUGAACAAGUGAAACUCACAAUUUAAAGCUGACUUUAACAGACCUGAAGGACAAUUCAACAAGUAGGCAUCUUUAAACGUAACCUACUGUAGCAACCUCUUCAAAAUAAAUCGCACAGAAAAACACUAUUCUUUAGCUAUUGAUAUUUUUUAGCUAUCAAGAACAAAUAGUUUAUUAUUUAUUACUUUUAAAUUAUUUUAAAUACUUUUUUCAGCCAUGACCUCAAGCAUUGAACCUUUGGAAAUAACUGGCAACGAGCUGGUCCACAUACUCAGGACGCCCCAGGACCAGUACACCUCCGCCGGGUGUGUGGUGCUGGACUGCAGACCUUUUCUUGAUUUUUCUUUCGCACACAUUUGCGAGUCGCGAAACAUCAACUGGAACUCGAUGCUGCGUCGCAGAUCCAAGAGCUCGGUGGUGGCCCUGGAGUGGCUCAUCCCGGACAAGGCGCUCCUGGGCCGGCUGCGGCGCGGUGAGUUCUCCCCGGUGGUGGUGGUGGACGAGAGCAGCCGCUCCGUUGCCGAGCUGAAGGCGGAGAGCGUGGGCCAGAUGCUGCUCACCGCCCUGCACAACGAAGUUCAGACACAGAUCUGCUUCCUACAAGGUGGAUUUGAGGGAUUUACAGAGGCCUAUCCAGAGCUCUGUUACAGCUCAGCCAGCAAUCACCUCUUGGUAGUGGAACCAGAGCCAGUAGUGACGGGUCGGAUGACACCAGCAUACGAUCAGGGCGGUCCCGUGGAGCUGCUGCCCUUCCUGUUUUUGGGCAGUGCCCUCCACUCCUCCCGCAGAGAGACCCUGGCAGCGGCGGGCAUCACCGCCGUGCUCAACGUCUCCUCCACGUGCCCGAACUUCUAUGAGGGGGACCUUCAGUACCUGCGUCUCACCGUGGAGGACAACCUAGCUGCUGACAUCAGAGCCUGCUUCUCCACAGCCAUCGCCUUCAUCGACUCUGUGAAGCAAAGUGGUGGUCGAGUUCUGGUGCAUUGCCAGGCAGGUAUCUCGCGCUCCGCCACCAUCUGCCUGGCCUACCUCAUGCACACGCAGCGCGUCAAACUGGACGAGGCCUUCGACUUUGUGAAGCAGCGGCGGCAGGUCAUCUCCCCCAACCUGGCCUUCAUGGGCCAGCUGCUGCAGUUCGAGACCGACGUUCUCUGCCAGGGGUGAAGACGCAGGCCCCAUUGAGAGGCAGGACAUUCACAUGACUGUUCUGAUUAAAUCAAUCUCCUGCCUCUUGCAGGCGUUGUGCUGGACUCUGAGCACUGUCAGGACUGUUAUGUACAAAUGAACUGUUUGUACUAUUGAAUCUAUCACAAUCAGAAACGUGUUCUGUGUACGUUCAGAGAAACGCUGCCAUGUGCUGCUGGCAUCACAUGGCAGCUGAAUCUGGUCUGGUUUCCCCGGAGAAACCGACAAACAGUUAGCUAUAUGCAGUUGUGAUUCUGAGGCAGCAAGUUGGAGCAGCUAUGAGCUCAUUUCUCUGACAUUUUAUAUAUU